UCCUGCCUUCUCAUCAAAGCCCUGUUUAGAAAAAUGGCUGCGAGACAUGCUCAUCUUGAGGAUGACCUUUCCUGUCCAGUUUGUGGUCAUAUUCUCAGUCAGCCAGUGGUGCUCACUUGCAGGCACAGAUUCUGCAAAGCCUGUUUGAAAGACAGCUGGGAGACUCAGGGCAGCGGGGAUUCACAUUACUGUCCUCUUUGCUGGCGCCGUUCCUCCAUGGAUCAAAUCGUGGUUAGCUCUGCGCUGGAGAAGACCUGUGAAUCCUUCAAGGUGGACAAGAGCAAGAAUGACCCAGAGGCUUGUGAGGAGCAUGGAGAAAAGCUCACAUUGUUCUGUUUGGAGGACUUGGAGCCAAUCUGUGGUUUAUGUGGGAAAGGAGCCGCACACACCGGGCACAGGCUCUAUCCCAUUGGUGAAGGUGCUCAUGACUGUAAGGAGGAACUGAAGAGUGCACUGCUGCCUUUGAAAGAGAAGUUGCAGGUGUAUAGGAAAGCAAAAACGGCUUGUGAGGAUAUGGCAGAACAUAUCAAGAGCCAGGCUGAACAUACCGAAACACAGAUCAAGGAUGAAUUUGAAGCCCUGCACAUUUUCCUGAAGGAGCAGGAGGCUGCCAGACUUUCUGCGUUAAAAGCUGAGAAGGAACUGAAGAACCUGGAGGUUAACCAGAGGUUUGAGGAUAUGAAUCAUGAAAUUGCAUCUCUCUCAAACGCCAUCAGAUUAGUGGAAAAGGAGAUGAACUCUAAAGAUGUCCCAUUUCUUAAGAAUUACAAGGAAACAAUAAGGAGAACCUGGCGAACUCCCCUUGAACCCCAAAAUGUACCUGGUGCUCUAAUUGAUGUGGCCAAGCACUUGGGCUCUUUGAAGUUUAGAGUGUGGGAGAAGAUGAAGAAUAUAGUUAAAUAUAAUCCUGUGAUUCUGGAUCCAAACACAGCGGCCAGCUGCUUCAUCCUCUCAGAGGAUCUCACAGUUGUGCAGAACUCUACCCAGAUUUUCAAGCUGCCUGACAACCCAGAACGCUUCGACAUCAGUGCUGAGAUGCUGGCUGCUGAGGGGUAUACCUCUGGACGCCACAGCUGGGAUGUGGAGGUGAAGAACAACACCUACUGGGUGGUGGGAGUAGCCAGCGACUCCAUCAACAGGAAGGGCAAGCACGUGUUGACACCAGCAGAGGGAUUCUGGACUAUAAGGUUUCGCAACAGUGAGCACAAGGCCUGCACAGCACCGUGGGAGCCGCUGAACAUGACUAAGGCGCCAGAAGUGAUAAGAGUAGUUUUAGAUAUGGACAGGGGCAAGGUAACCUUCUAUGACCCUCGAGAGAGAACACCGCUCUACACCUUCACUGGGAUCAUAUCACCCAGAGCCUUUCCCUACUUCUGCUCUGCCUGCAAAGAGCAUCCGCUGAAAAUCCUGCCCACAAGAAUAUUAUUGUCAAUGGAUUAAUCAUUUAUUUUGGUGACAUAUUGCCAAAGGUUUUAAUAAAGUUAUAAAAAAACAAAACAGAAUGGCUGCUUAGGCAUCUGAAAUAUAUCUUUUUCUAUUUUAAAAAGAGACGAUUGUGGAAAAUUACAGCACUACAUUUCCAAGAGAGCAAACAUAAAAAUUCAGCUCUAUCGUUCUUUUAGAUAAAUGACAUGAAACAAACUUGUUUUAAAAUAUUUAAUUUGAGUUACAACAAAAUAUGUAGUCUUGGAGAUGUGAAAUUGUAAAUAGCUUUAAAACACCCAUAUAUUACACUCAUAAGAUUUGUUUUAUAAAAUGACACUUGUGGCUUAGCUUUGCAUGGCAAUAAAUCACUCGUGAUUACCACAACCUGUUGAGCUCCUUUCUAAGAAAAGCUAAUU